GCAAUGAUCGCGUAACGUUUUAUAUGAUCGUGUCGGCUUUUAUUAACGGAAAAUCUCUACCAUAUAUGAAUGCGUAAAAGCACCUAGUUAAGGGAUCUCUCUGGGAAAACGACCAGGAAUUUCGUUAAUUUUGUUCUUGUUUUUAGUUUUUUGUGUGUUGUUGUUGUUCUUUUUUUAUUUAAACAGAUAAAUUCUUCACUUUUAAGGAGUUUUGCAUAAAAUUAAACUACAAACAAGCAAAAUGUUUUGCAAUAAAUUAUUUUAAGGUGGAUUUUCAUUAAGGAAAAUCCUUAGCACUAUUGCUUUAUGACAGCACAGCAGUGAAACGAAUACGAAGACAAUGUCCGCCGUUACAAAUACACAUAAAAUUAAUGGAAAUUUGAUUGUUAGUGCGAAUACUCCAACAUCUAAUAUAUCAAAUACAACCACAGCAGGAACUAUUACUACUACUACUUCCACAAAUAUAACACACAGUAAAUCCUUGACACCUAAUCCUCACCGUAAUCAAACACAUCAUCAUAGCUACCAACAGGAGCAGGAGCAACAACAACAGCAACUACAGAAAUCAUAUAAUAAUUUACAAGCAGCACAGCAACAACAUUCCUCAAAAUUAUCAACAGUGACAACGAAAUUGCAAGCACCACAACAACAUCAAAAACGUUCAUUAAUUCCAUCGGUGGCGUUACAGCAACAGCAACAACAACAUCAGCAACAAUCACAAACCAUAUCCAUACUUAAUACAACAUCAACCACGGCUACAGUUCCAACACAAGCCAACCAAUUGCAAACAAUAGCUACCAUACAUCAGCCUUCCUCACAGGCGCAACAACGUAACGCUCCCUCAACGCUAACAGAGUCGAAUAAUACAACUGCUGGAGGUGUUAGUGAAAAUCCUAUAACAAGACGUAACUUUUAUCAUUUACAAACCCUUAAAACUGCAGGCAAUAGUCUUAAAGCGCCCGCACAUUCUAUACCGCCACGCUAUCAACCACCACCACAACCGCAAAGUCAAUCAAAUCCCACUACUGGUAUUUUGAAAAACCUAAAUACACAAAGAUUAAGUAGCGGCGCAAAAACUGCCUAUCCUUCAUAUUUCUCAACUGAAACAACGGGAAAUCAUUUGAAUAAUCUUAAAUAUCCGCCAGAUAUUCCACAGCUUUCGAGUGUUUUCAUACCAGAUUCUUUGAAAAAUCCAACAAAUUCCUCGCGUUACAGUUUGCAACAACAGCGUCAGCAACAACAACAACAGCAGAAUAAUCAUCAGGCUCAAUUACAACAGCGUUUACGUAGCAUCAAUCAAACCACAACAAACGGACAUUCUACGCAACAGCUGUCAACGGCCGAACAACAGCAGCAACAACAUCAGGAUAUGUUGAAAUUUGUACGAAAACCCGAUCAAGAUCAUCCUUCACCAAAUGCUUCGGUUACAUCGAGUGGUACUGGUGGUGGUAUACCACCAGCAGCUGGUCGUUUAACAGCCGAACAAAAUCGUCAACUACAGUCCUUGAUAAAUGAGUUACGUUCGCUUAAGGAACAGAAUCAACGACUCAUGGAUGAUAAUCAAGAGCUGAGAGAUCUGUGUUGUUUUUUGGAUGAUGAUCGUCAAAAGGGAAGAAAACUAGCUAGAGAAUGGCAAAGAUUUGGCAGAUAUACAGCAAGUGUUAUGCGACAAGAAGUGGCUGCUUAUCAGAAUAAAUUACGUCAAUUGGAUGAUAAACAACAAGAGCUUAUCACCGACAAUUUGGAGUUGAAGGAAUUGUGUUUGUAUUUGGAUGAGGAGAGGGCCCAUAUAGCUGCCAACUCUAUAUGUGUUAAUUGUGGAGCUAGUACCCGUAAUACGUUGAGAGAUGAUGGUGAUGGUUCUAGUUCAAGUACGAAUGCUGAUGAGAAUAUGACCGCUUUGAGAAACUAUGAAAGUCAAUUGCCGGAUCUACACUUACGAUCAACACUGCAAGAUCAAACCCUACAGUACGUACGAUCCCUUGAACGACGUAUACAACAGCUGGAAAAAGAACGCAACGAUACCAAUGUGACAUCAAAAACCCCAACACCCACAGCAAAUAUACUAAGUCCCCAGCAGCAACGUCGUCAAAUACAAGCGCCGCAACAACAGACACCAUCAGCACAUUUAUCAGCCUGCCUAACAGCGGCAACGUCAAACACACACAACCAAAAAGCACCGCAACCAACAUCUGCCCUAAACGAUGCCUUAGUUGAUCCCAUUUCUGGACGUCCUGAAGCUGUAGUACGAGCUCUGCAAGUUUUAGAAGUACGCGAACAGUUAGAACGUGAUCGUUUGGGUAAUUUGACGGGACAAACUAUAGAUCAGAUGGACGAUGGUGAAAAGGCAUUAGUGCGAGAAAUGUGCAAUGUGGUAUGGCGUAAACUAGAGGGAAGUCCAAAUGGUCCCACUGCCUUGGAGACACUUUAGAAUUACGGUUUUAAUUUUAAACAUUCACUAUUCAUUACACAUUGACAUAAACAUAUUUCACACUACAUAUUUUUAUGAAUGUCUAGAUUGAACUUGUUUUUCUCUUUUGGAGAAAAAUUUAUGUUACAAUUUCUAUUUGAGAGUUUAGUGUUUUGAUGCCCCUACUAAGUAGUUUUAGUUUAGCAUUUGUACAAAAUAUUUAAUUUCUUUUCUCAUCCUAGAAUGCACUAAUACUUUAUACAUAUCUAAUACUUUUAAAUAUAAUCAGUUGUAAAAGUUUUAUAAAUCAGCUGACUUUCUCUCUGUAGCAUAUGAAUCUCUAAAGAGCAAGACUUGCUAAUUUUGUACUCUUAUCAGAGAGAAAAUGUCAGUGAAAUUUAAAAAUUUUUAACUGUUUGUAUUUGUUUUAUGUAAGCUUUAACAAUAAAAUUUUUCUAAAUAAGUAUUUAUGUAAGUUAUUAACUAAUACAUUCUUCUUUACAUUUCAAUAAAGACUUUAAUCGGUUAUAUAUUUUGACAAAUAUAUAAAUUUGAUUCGAUGUCUAAUUAUGUACAUUUAUUUAGUUUUUCUAAGCAUUUAACUAUUUUUUUCUUAUUAUUUUAUUAAUUUAUUUUUUAUAAAUCUUUUUUUGAAUAACCAGAAGAAAUAAAAAAACAUUCAU